CCCAGUUUGCUGUGAAAACACGAUGCUCGUGCGCCUCGCUAUACGGCGUUACAGUUGCACAACGUGUUCAUGUUGAAGAGAAGGAUCGUGCCAAAUUAUUCUUGGGGUGCAUAACGUCGCUAUAAUGCAAUAAGGAAAAAAGAGAGAGAAUUUAAAUGAACACAUGGCUGUUUAGUUGCUCUGGAUUAAAUUUACAUGGAUCGACGCAAGGUCUGGAAUGUCAUUAUGGAGCAGAACAGCUUUCAAGAUCAGAAUCAAAAUUACACAGUGCCGGUACAGAACGACCAGAGGAACAUGUUAGGAUAUGGAUUCUAUUCUCUGAUGUCCAACUUCCUCAUCGAGAAAAAGAUCGGCCGCGGUCAGUUCAGUGAGGUUUAUAAAGCCACGUGUCUACUGAACAACCAGCAAGUGGCACUAAAGAAAGUACAGUUUUUUGAAAUGAUGGAUGCUAAAGCCCAGCAGGACUGCAUUAAAGAGAUCGACUUGUUAAAGCAAUUGAACCAUCCAAACGUCAUUAAGUAUCUGGACUCGUUUAUUGAAGACAAUGAGCUGAAUAUCGUUCUGGAGUUAGCAGGCGCUGGUGACCUUUCCCAGAUGAUUAAGUAUUUUAAGAAGAAGCGGAGGUUGAUUCCUGAACGAACGAUAUGGAAGUAUUUCGUGCAGCUGUGCAGCGCACUGGAACACAUGCACUCCCGCAGAGUCAUGCAUCGAGAUAUAAAACCAGCCAACGUCUUCAUCACAGCUACUGGAGAGGUCAAACUCGGUGACCUAGGACUAGGUCGAUUCUUUAGCUCCAAAACCACUGCUGCGCACUCUCUUGUUGGAACUCCAUAUUACAUGUCUCCCGAAAGAAUUCAUGAAAACGGCUACAACUUCAAAUCGGACAUCUGGUCCUUGGGAUGCUUGCUGUAUGAGAUGGCAGCUCUGCACAGCCCCUUCUACAGUGACAAGAUGAACCUGCUCUCAUUGUGCCAAAAGAUCGAACAGUGCGAUUACCCUCCUCUGCCAUCAGAGCACUACUCACAGAAGCUCAGAGAUCUGGUCAGUAUGUGUAUCAACCCAGAUCCCGACCAGCGGCCCGACAUCAGCUUCGUCCUGCAGUUCGCAAAACAGAUGCACAUGUGGACGUCAAGCACCUGAUACAAACACACACACACCUGCAGCAAUGAGGAGAACCAUUGCGCAAACCUGCGAUCUCUGCUCUCUCAAUCCAACUGAUCAAGCUAUAGAAAGAUCUAGAAACGAGUAAAGAGAGAAUGCGAACAGUGUCUAUACUGUUUUAAGCUGAGCGUUUCUCUAGAUCUGUAUUGAAAGGAAUGCCGAUAUAUUCUGUUGUGCCUUCGAAUGAUGUAUCACAGUGCUGUAUGCUGAUUGGUUUAAAGAAAGUUGGUCAGGGCGGGUGACCAGUGCCUCAUGUUGAUGAUGUCAAAGCAAGGUAGUUCUAUUUAUACAUACUUUUUCUGUUGGCUUAUAUUCAUAACAGCAUAUAAAGAGCCGUACAGUUGCGUUACUUAUCUCUCUUUAUGUUUCUGAUACACACACACACAUACAAUUGUCAAGUGUUUUGCAAGGAAAAACACUUGUGUUGGACGGUGAGUUCAGCGGUUUUGUUAUCUGGUCAAAUAUCUACCAUAUGAAAGUAUUCAUUAUAUACAUUGUUCCAAAAAGAUGUUGUUUUUUAGGAAGCAUUUUCUUAUGUUUAAAUGUGUAAUUAAUUAACAAUAAAAUGUA